GGAAUUGGAAAUGUGAACUCAAAUAGCCCUGUCCAGCAGGGAGUUGGUAGUCAAGUUCAAGGGCAGCCGAACAGUGCUAAUAUCGGUAAUCUGGGUGCUAUGGGUAAGAGCCCUUUAAACCAGGGAGACUCUUCUGCUUCAGGCCUGGCAAAGCAAGCAGCCAGCACCUCCGGACCUACCACACCUGCAUCACAAACUCUGAACUCUCAAGCACAAAAACAAGUGGGGAUGGUGACGAGCAGCCCUGCAACAUCACAGACUGGACCUGGGAUAUGUAUGAAUACUAAUUUCAGUCAGACACACCAGAGUCUUCUCAACAGUAAUUCUGGUCACAGUUUAAUGAAUCAGCCUCAGCAAGGACAAGGGCAGGUAAUGAAUGGAUCUCUUGGGGCAGCUGGAAGAGGAAGGGGAGGAGGAAUGCAAUAUCCUGCCCCUGCCAUGCAGGGGAAUGCAGGCAGUGUGCUGGCAGAGACUUUAACCCAAGUAUCUCCACAGAUGGCUGGUCACACCGGACUGAACACAGCACAGACAGGAGCAAUGACUAAAAUGGGAAUGACAGGUAACACUAGUCCCUUUGGGCAGCCUUUCAGUCAAACUGGAGGGCAGCAGAUGGGAGCUACAGGAGUGAAUCCUCAGUUACCAAACAAGCCAGGCAUGGCGAAUAGUUUGUCUCCUUUUCCUGCCGACAUCAAGAGUACUCCCGUCACCAGUGUGCCAAAUAUGUCCCAGAUGCAAACCCAGGUACAACAAGUGGGAAUUGUACCGACCCAGGCGAUGGCAACUGGACCAACGGCAGAUCCGGAGAAGCGCAAACUGAUCCAGCAGCAGUUGGUUUUGCUGCUUCACGCUCACAAAUGUCAGAGGCGCGAGCAAGCGAAUGGAGAGGUGCGGGCCUGUGCUCUACCGCACUGUCGAACCAUGAAAAAUGUCCUCAACCACAUGACACACUGUCAAGCUGGGAAGGCCUGUCAAGUUGCUCAUUGUGCAUCUUCAAGACAAAUCAUCUCCCACUGGAAGAAUUGUACUCGGCACGACUGUCCUGUGUGCCUUCCUUUGAAAAAUGCCAGUGACAAAAGAAAUCAACAACCCCUUCUAGGGUCUCCAGCUGGUGGAAUCCAAAAUUCCAUCGGUUCUGUUGGCACGGGCCAGCAGAAUACUCCAUCGCUAAGUAAUCCUAAUCCGAUUGACCCCAGCUCCAUGCAACGAGCCUACGCUGCUCUUGGACUGCCAUAUGGCAACCAGCCUCAAACACAGCUGCAGCCCCAGGUACAAGGCCAACAGCCGGCACAGCCUCAGGCUCACCAGCAGAUGAGGACCAUUAAUGCAUUGGGAGCCAACCAGAUGAACCUUCCCACAGGAGGAAUAACAACAGACCAGCAAGCUAGUCUAAUUUCUGAAACUGCUCUUCCAACAUCCCUUGGGACAAAUAACCCACUAAUGAAUGAUGGCACAAAUUCUGGCAAUGUUGGAAACCUCAGCUCAAUGCCAACGGCUGCACCUCCUUCUAGUACCGGGGUAAGGAAAGCAUGGCAUGAACAUGUCACUCAGGACCUGCGCAAUCAUUUAGUGCAUAAACUUGUCCAAGCCAUCUUCCCCACUCCUGAUCCGGCAGCACUGAAGGAUCGCCGCAUGGAGAACUUGGUGGCUUAUGCCAGGAAAGUGGAAGGAGAUAUGUAUGAAUCUGCUAACAGUAGGGAUGAAUACUAUCAUUUAUUAGCAGAGAAAAUCUAUAAGAUACAAAAGGAGCUAGAAGAGAAACGGAGGUCUCGUCUACAUAAACAAGGGAUGUUGGGGAAUCAGCCAGCCUUACAGACCCCAGGACCUCAGCCCCCUGGUAUCCCACAGGUGGCUGCUGCCAUGGGCCAGGCACAGCCCGUGAGGCCGCCCAAUGGGCCUAUGUCCAUGCCAACCGUGCCUAUAAGUCGUAUGCAGGUUUCUCAAGGGAAUGUACAGAUGCCACAAGCACCCAUGGGACCCCGCGCAGCUUCUCCAAUGAACCACCCUGUACAAAUGAACAACAUGGGCGCUGUUCCUGCGAUGGCAAUGUCUCCUUCCCGAAUGCCUCAGCCACAGAACAUGAUGGGAGCGCAUUCCAACAACAUGAUGGGCCAGGCUCCUACCCAGAACCAAUUCCUGCCCCAGAAUCAGUUUCCAGCAUCCAGUGGGGCUAUGAAUGUGAACAGUGUGGGCAUGGGUCAGUCGACAGCCCAGGCUGGGGUGGCACAGCAGGGGCAGGUUCCCAGUGCUGCUCUUCCCAACUCCAUGAACAUGCUAGGACCGCAGAGUGGGCAAUUACCGUGUCCACCAGUGACCCAGCCACCUCUACAUCAGACUACACCUCCUGUGUCCACUGCUGCUGGGAUGCCACCUAUUCAGCACCAAACACCAACUGGAAUGACUCCUCCUCAGCCAGCAGCACCCACUCAGCCUUCGACACCAGUCUCAUCUUCAGGACAAACUCCAACACCGACACCGGGUUCCGUUCCAAACGCAACACAGACGCAAAGCACACCUACGGGGCAGACUGCGGCACAGGCUCAAGUCACACCGCAACCUCAGACCCCAGUUCAACCCCAGUCUGUGCCAACCCCACAGCCACCUCAGCAACAGCCAACAUCUGUGCAGGCACAGCCACCUGGCACUCCACUAUCCCAGGCAGCAGCUAGUAUUGAUAACAGGGUCCCCACCCCUGCCUCAGUUGCUAGUGCUGAUACGAAUUCCCAGCAACUAGGACCAGAUGCACCAAUGCUAGAAAGCAAAUCAGAAGUUAAAACUGAAGAAACUGAGCCAGAGACUAGUGAGACACAAGUGGAAGCUAAGACUGAGGUGGAGGAGGAUUUACAAGGAUCUUCACAAACGAAAGAAGAAACAGAUGGAACAGAGCUGAAACAGGAGCCAAUGGAAAUAGAAGAAAAGAAGCCUGAAAUAAAAGUAGAUGCUAAAGAGGAAGAGGAGAGCAGCACUAACGGAACCACUUCGCAAUCCACAUCGCCAUCUCAGCCCCGCAAAAAAAUUUUCAAACCUGAGGAGCUGCGCCAGGCUCUCAUGCCUACCCUUGAAGCUUUGUAUCGGCAGGACCCAGAGUCUCUACCUUUCAGACAGCCUGUGGAUCCCCAGCUUUUAGGGAUUCCGGACUACUUCGACAUUGUGAAGAAUCCCAUGGAUCUUUCAACCAUUAAACGUAAAUUGGAUACUGGGCAGUACCAGGAACCCUGGCAAUACGUGGACGAUGUUUGGCUAAUGUUUAACAAUGCCUGGCUUUACAAUCGCAAGACUUCCAGAGUCUACAAGUUUUGCACUAAACUCGCGGAGGUGUUUGAACAAGAAAUUGAUCCUGUUAUGCAAUCACUUGGCUACUGUUGUGGGCGCAAGUAUGAGUUUUCUCCACAGACCUUGUGCUGCUACGGCAAGCAGUUGUGUACUAUUCCUCGUGAUGCUGCCUACUACAGUUACCAGAAUAGGUAUCACUUCUGUGAGAAGUGUUUCACUGAAAUCCAGGGGGAGAAUGUCACCCUGGGUGAUGACCCUUCCCAGCCUCAAACAACCAUCUCUAAGGAUCAGUUUGAAAAGAAGAAAAAUGAUACGCUAGAUCCAGAGCCGUUUGUUGACUGCAAAGAGUGUGGUCGGAAGAUGCACCAGAUUUGUGUAUUACAUUAUGAUAUUAUUUGGCCUUCAGGGUUUGUCUGUGAUAAUUGUCUGAAGAAAACUGGUAGGACACGCAAAGAAAACAAAUUCAGUGCUAAAAGGCUACAGACUACGCGUUUAGGAAACCAUUUGGAAGAUAGAGUAAACAAAUUUUUGCGGCGACAGAAUCAUCCUGAAGCUGGAGAGGUCUUUGUCAGAGUAGUAGCAAGUUCAGAUAAGACAGUAGAAGUUAAACCGGGAAUGAAAUCCAGAUUUGUGGAUUCUGGUGAGAUGUCAGAAUCUUUCCCUUACCGUACCAAAGCUCUGUUUGCAUUUGAGGAGAUAGACGGAGUAGACGUGUGCUUCUUCGGCAUGCAUGUGCAGGAGUAUGGCUCGGAUUGCCCCCCUCCAAAUACAAGGCGUGUGUACAUAUCGUAUCUAGAUAGUAUUCAUUUCUUCCGCCCCCGUUGUCUCCGAACUGCAGUUUAUCAUGAAAUCCUCAUUGGAUAUUUGGAGUACGUGAAGAAACUUGGGUACGUGACAGGACACAUCUGGGCCUGUCCCCCAAGUGAAGGAGAUGACUAUAUUUUUCAUUGCCAUCCGCCUGAUCAGAAAAUACCCAAACCCAAACGUUUGCAAGAAUGGUAUAAAAAGAUGCUGGAUAAGGCAUUUGCUGAGAGAAUCAUUCAUGACUACAAGGACAUCUUCAAACAAGCAACUGAGGACAGGCUGACAAGUGCCAAGGAGCUGCCUUACUUUGAAGGUGAUUUCUGGCCCAAUGUGCUGGAAGAAAGCAUUAAGGAGUUGGAGCAGGAGGAGGAGGAGAGGAAAAAAGAAGAAAGCACUGCAGCUAGUGAAACAACAGAAGGAAGCCAGGGCGACAGCAAAAACGCCAAGAAAAAGAACAACAAAAAAACCAACAAGAAUAAGAGUAGCAUCAGCAGAGCUAACAAGAAGAAACCCAGCAUGCCAAAUGUGUCCAAUGAUCUGUCUCAGAAGCUGUAUGCCACUAUGGAGAAGCAUAAAGAGGUCUUUUUUGUGAUUCAUUUACAUGCUGGGCCUGUAAUUAAUACUCUGCCUCCCAUUGUGGACCCUGAUCCAUUACUUAGCUGUGAUUUGAUGGAUGGGCGAGAUGCCUUCCUCACCUUAGCCCGAGAUAAGCACUGGGAGUUCUCCUCACUACGCCGAUCCAAGUGGUCCACGCUCUGCAUGCUGGUAGAACUACAUACUCAAGGGCAGGAUCGCUUUGUCUAUACGUGCAAUGAGUGCAAACAUCAUGUGGAAACAAGGUGGCAUUGCACUGUCUGUGAGGACUACGACCUCUGCAUUAACUGCUACAACACUAAGAGCCAUGACCACAAGAUGGUUAAGUGGGGCCUGGGUCUGGAUGAUGAGAGCAACAGCCAAGGAGAGCAACAGUCAAAGAGCCCCCAGGAGUCGCGACGACUGAGCAUCCAGCGCUGCAUUCAGUCCCUUGUCCACGCCUGCCAGUGCCGCAAUGCAAACUGCUCAUUGCCAUCCUGCCAGAAGAUGAAACGGGUUGUCCAGCACACCAAGGGCUGCAAGCGCAAGACCAACGGUGGCUGUCCGGUGUGCAAACAGCUCAUAGCUCUUUGCUGCUACCAUGCCAAACACUGCCAAGAGAACAAAUGCCCUGUGCCAUUCUGUCUCAAUAUCAAACACAAACUUCGACAGCAGCAGAUCCAGCAUCGCCUGCAGCAGGCUCAGCUCAUGCGCAGAAGGAUGGCUACCAUGAACACCCGAAACGUGCCUCAGCAAAGUUUGCCUUCUCCUACCUCAGCAACGCCUGGUACCCCUACACAGCAGCCAAGUACACCGCAAACACCACAGCCUCCUCCCCAGCCCCAGCCUUCCCCUGUAAGUAUGUCACCGGCUGGCUUUCCCAGUGUGUCGAGAACUCAGCCCCCUACUACUGUUUCAACAGGAAAACCUGCAAACCCGGUUUCCGCACCUCCACCUCCGGCUCAGCCUCCGCCGGCGGCGGUGGAAGCGGCUCGGCAGAUUGAGAGAGAAGCUGCCCAGCAGCAGCAGCAGCUCUACAGGGUCAACAACAUUAACAAUGGUUUGCCUCCUGGUCGCCCAGGACUAGUAAACCCGACGGUGGGUUCAGUGAACCAGAUGCAGCAAGUCAGCAUGAAUGUACCCCGGCCCAACCCCGUAAGCGGUCCAGUGAUGUCCAACAUGCAGCCUGGACAGUGGCAGUCACCUCCAAUGCCGCAGCAGCAACCCAUGCAGCCGGGAAUGGCAAGACCGGUUAUCUUGAAAUCACCGAGUUCUCCGCAGCAGCAACAGCAGGUUCUUAAUAUCCUUAAAUCCAACCCUCAGCUUAUGGCAGCUUUUAAAAAGCAAAGAACAGCCAAAUAUGUGGCUAACCAGCCUGGGAUGCAGCCGCAAGCGGGCAUACAGCCCCAGCCUGGGAUGCAGCAGCCGCAGACCGGCAUGCAACAGCCAGGCAUGCACGCUCAAGCAGGAUUGCAGAACAUGAACGCGAUGCAAGCAGGAGUGCAGAGACCGAGCGUUCCUCCCCAGCAGCAAGGGAUAGGAGCUAUGAACCCCCAGGGACAAGCGAUAAAUAUUAUGAACCCCGGCCACAACCCCAGCAUGGCAAACAUGAGCCCGCAGUACAGAGAAAUCCUGAGGCGGCAACUACUGCAGCAGCAGCAACAGCAGCAGCAGCAGCAGCAAGGAGGGGCUGGCAUGGCAGGAGGGAUGGCAGGACACAACCAGUUCCAGCAGCCUCAAGGACCAGGAGGUUACCCUCAAGCCAUGCAGCAGCAGCGGAUGCAGCAGCAUAUAUCGAUACAGGGGGGUUCCAUGGGACAGAUGGCUCAGAUGGGACAGCUGAACCAGAUGGGCCAGCCCGGCAUGGGGGCCGACGGCACUCCCAACAUCCAGCAAGCGCUGCAGCAGCGGAUCCUGCAACAGCAGCAGAUGAAACAGCAGAUAGGGUCCCCCGGCCAGCCUAACCCCAUGAGCCCACAGCAGCACAUGCUCUCAGGACAACCGCAGGCGUCUCAUCUCCCUGGCCAGCAGAUCGCCACCUCCCUCAGCAACCAGGUGCGGUCCCCAGCACCCGUUCAGUCUCCCCGUCCCCAGUCCCAGCCACCACAUUCCAGCCCGUCACCCAGGAUACAGCCCCAACCGUCACCUCACCACGUCUCUCCCCAGACUGGUUCCCCCCACCCAGGACUCGCAGUUACUAUGGCUAGCUCCAUGGAUCAGGGACACUUGGGCAACCCAGAACAGAGUGCAAUGCUUCCACAACUAAACACCCCGAACAGGAGUGCGUUGUCUAACGAAUUGUCUCUGGUCGGUGACACCACCGGGGACACAUUAGAAAAAUUUGUGGAGGGUUUGUGGCAUUAUGUGAGCAUCACUUUUUUUUUUUUUUUUUUUUUUUUUUUUUUUUUUUUUUUUUUUCUCCUUUCGUGUUCUUGGACAUUUUGUACUGAAAAUUCAGACAUCUGGGUUGUUUUGAAUCCUAGAUGGAACUGCUGCUUCCUACACAUGGAAGAAUGAAUUGCUGUUUAAAAAAAAAGAAAAAAAAAAAAAAGAAA